AUGGCAGCCCUAAAAAGUAUUGGAGACACAAAGGCCCUUGAUAUUGAUGGAUAUAAUGCCAAAUUCUUCAUGGAAGCGUGGGAGAUCAUUGGAAAGGAUGUGAAGGCUGCAGUGUAUGACUUCUUUGAGCAUGGAAGACUGUACAGGGCAGUAAACUUUACCAUUGUUACUCUGAUUCUCAAGUUCCCAAAUACCAAUAAGAUGAAGGAUAUGAGACCUAUUGCGUUUUGUAUAGUGUUAUACAAGAUCUUAUCCAAGAUUCUCACCAAUAUACUGAGAAAAGUUAUCAAUAUUGUGGUAGACUACAGUCAGUCUACUUUCGUUCCAAGAAAAGUUAUCCAAGACAACAUCAUCAUUGCUCAUGAGUUGUUGAGAGGUUACAAUAGAAAACAUAUUUUCCUCAGAUGUUCCAUUCAGAUAGCUUUGGAAGACAUAAUGAAGGAGACGAGCUUCCCUUCUAAGUCCAUCAAGUGGACCAUGCAUGCAGAAACUCCAAACCAUGCCUGA